GGACCGUCAAAUAAACUGCGUGCACGAUGGAUUGGUUUCGGCCCGCCGUGGUGUCCCGCGGGGUCGUCCCGGCGGGGCAAGUACACUGGGCAGGCAGCCAAAUCGCUCUGAGGGCAGGCAGUUCGCUGAUUGCGUGUAUUUCUGCAUGAUGAGUGAACAGUUGUGCAGCGGGAAGCGAGCAGAGCCGUGCAUGACGCGGCGUGUACGAAGCUGACGAGCCUUCGACGACUGCCCCGCCAAGGUCGUGGUGAGCCGCUCCGAAAGCCUCACCUUGUCGCGCCCUGUACUCGACUCUGCCCCGCUGCAAGACAGUCCACAUAGGCAUCGCCAGUCCUUGUUCGAAGCAGCACUGAUUGAAACGAGAUAGGUAGGCGAUGGGACGUGCCAAUACGCUGGGCCGGCUCCUCGCGGCCGUGGCUGUCGGGCUGGCCCUGGCGGCGUGCGUCGCGCGUGCGGGCCCCGCCCCCGUCACGAUGACGUGGGGACCCAACCCAGCCCCUGUGACUGUGGACGUGCCGUGCGGCGCCCCGCUCACCCUCACCUGGGACACCGGCAGCGACCUCAUGCACAACGUGGUCAGCAUACCCGCGGCCGACUGCUCCAAGGACGGCCAGCUCCUGUUUGGCACCACCAGCAAGGGCACGUGGACCACCACCUUCCCGCCCGGGACCUACUUCUACAAAUGCUCAGAGGAGGGGCACUGCAGCAAGGGCCACAUGCUACUGACCGUCAACGCCCUCGCCUGCUAGGGGCGCCCAGCCGCCAACAAGGCUCGAGGCAUGCGAGGGAUCCUGAGGGCGAGACUUGAGUGGUUGUGGAGGUGUUGCAGAAGGCCCGUGUGUGAAGCUUAACGCGCAUUGAUGAUUUGGUGUGUGUAUUUGAUUGUUGUGGUGUUGGUGUGGGGGUUAUUGGUGUUGUGUGGACGGGCAUCAAGUUCGAUGGUGCGCGGUGCCAUGAGAGUCCAAAGCGCAGACGUGUGCCGACACGACAACUGUUAUUGCAUUUGCCGACAUUUUGCAAAU